AUGCCGUGGACGUCAGCCGAGCACUCGCCGAACACUUUCACCCGGCCCCUUGGUCCCAACGAGGUGUUUAUCAAGCUAGUCAGUGAUCCCGGCCAUCCGCUCGGUCGUGAACACUGGGCCGUCAACUACACGGCCACCAUCAGUCCUCAUGGGACAUUUACGGCCUUGUCGGGCUCGCCCGGUAUUCUACCAACCCUCAUCCGCUACAGUUGGUUGCAUCUGCGCUUCCAACACCCCAGUAUAGCUGUACAUCCAGACUCCAACUCCAACCUAGUCUACACGGUUCCUGACUCUGCCAAUGCUCUUAGCGAAUGGGCCUCGCAGACCUUUACCGUUGAGGCCGACGCCCAGUCCGCCAACGAGGUGAUUCCCACCAUUGCACCAGCACCUGACGCCCGGCUAUACUAUGUCCCCCAAUCCAGUGAGCUACUCCUACACACCGCGCACUGGCGCAUGGACGGAGUCGGUGGCCUGCUCCUCCUCGGCCAGCUGGUGGACCUGAUGGCCUCGCACGCCGACACCAUCCUCUCGGGAAAGCUGCCAGACCCGUUCGAUUCCUUUCAGUGGGGGUUGGAGGUCGCACGGCUAUCGCCACCGGUCGAAGAAGCCGCCAACCUGCCCCUCACCGCGACCGAAGAGCAGAAGGCUGUCGCCCAUGGGGCAGUUGGCACCUUUGCACUGGCGGCGGGCGCCCUUGGUGUGCCCUAUACUGGGGAUGCCUCGAGUGUACCCUCCGGCACGCGGGCCGCCGAGCUUAAGUUCUCCCCCGCCACCACAUCCGCCGCUGUGUCCGCCGCAAAAGCACGCGGUGUUGGGAUCACAGCCGCCGUGCAUGCCAGUCUGGCCGCGGUCAACUUCCGGCACGCAAUUGCCGGGCACAAGAACCGCCACUACACCAGCACCAUCAAACAGUCGUUGCGGCCAUAUCUACCCGAACCGUACUCCACUCCUACGGCGGCAGCCGGACUAUACACCUCUGGCUGGUUGGCGCGGGUCGACACCUCCGGCACCUGGGAGGAGAAUGCGCGCAUGUAUCAGGCGGAGUAUGAGAAGGGAAUUAGCAGCGAGUAUCUGCAGGCGCACCGGGAGUAUGCGUCCACUUUGGUCGAGGUGAUAAAGAACCUGCCGGCCCCGACAGAGCCGCCCAGCGAUAUCGAUAUCAGCAGCAUGGGGAUCAUGGAGAAAUAUCUGGACCGCGAAUAUGGAACACCGGAGCGCGGGUUUAGCAUCACGCAUGCCGGGGUUGGCGUGGAAAUAAUAUCGCGCCAAGGAGUGGUUUUUGUGUGGACGUUCCGUGAUCAGUUGACACUAAGGCUGGUAUAUAAUGAGGCUUUUCACACCGCGGAUCAGAUGACGGAAUUUUUACACGACAUUCAAGCGGACCUGUUGGAGCAAUUACGGGUGGAGGAGUAG